AUAGCUCUUGGCCAUAGCUCCCGGCCAUCUUCCCGGGCCCAUUUACCCAAAGCCCGCGGCCGAGCGAGCGGCAUGGCACUGCUGCGCGGGGUUUUUGGGGCCUUUCAGCGGUGCAUGGUGCAGCGCCCGAAGACCACGGCCGUGGCCAACACCACGGUGCUGUGGGUGGUCUCAGAUUCCCUGUCCCAGUAUGUGGCGCCAGACCGGGAGACUGGCGACACAAAGCAGGGGCACAACUGGGCGCGCACCGCGCGGAUGGUGAGCUUUGGCGCUUUUCUGUACGCUGUGCCGGCGAUGAAAUGGUAUGCCUUGCUGAACCGUUGGUUUCCGUCCGCCAGCCUGGGCAGCGUGGCCGCUAAGGUGGGGCUGGACCAAGGGGUGCAGGCGCCACUCACCACAGCUUCGCUGUUUGUGGUGACGUCGCUGCUGGAGGGCAAGGGCCUGGAGGGGGCCAAGCACAAGGUGGAGGAGAGGCUGAUGCCCACGCUGCGGGUGAAUUGGUGCAUCUGGCCCUUCAUCCAGGCCAUUAACUUGAGCGUGGUGCCUCCGGCCUUUCGGCUGCUGGUGGUCAACUCCGUGUGCGUGCCCUGGCUGGUCUUCGUGUCCUGGAUGACCAACAAGAAAUCCGAAGCCACCGAAGCCACCGGAGCCACCGAAACGGAAGGGCUCAUGGUCUUGGCACACGGCUGAGUUCGGCUGGGGUCCUGAGAGUUCCGUUUUUUUUUUGUUUCUCCGGGGGGGGGC